AUGCUGGUGUCGUUUAAAAGUAAGAAACCACAGAGUAUGAUUGUGGAGGCCAGAAAUGCAGACAACGUGUCUUCUAGUAGAGACUUUUGGUAUCCCUUGCAGUAUUUUGCGAAAGAUUGCUCGCUGAGUUUUCCUGAUGUGCCAACGACGGUUGACGAUCAGGACUUAUCUGUUCCUUUUUGUGAAGUGCUGGACGAGUCGACUGCAGACGUACAAGAACAGGAACUGGUGCUGUACAACCCCUCCCAGGAGUACUUUGAUGCGUUCUACUCAGACGAGUCCCUGUACAGACACUACAUGCUGACCGACGUGCGCCUGCUGAUGCUGUUGCCUGGCAACACGGCCGACUUCUUCGCUGUGUCCGACUGGGAGGUCAAGGGUCAAUGUUCCUGCUUUGGGCAUGCAGCAGAGUGUACAGGAGAGAAUGAGAAUGUGUGCGAGUGUGCCCACCACACCCGGGGAGUGAACUGUGAGGAGUGCCUACCCCUGUACAACAACAGGCCCUGGAGGAUGGGCACUCCUGAUCAAGCCAAUGUCUGUGAAGACUGUGGCUGCCAUGGCCACGCCAGCAGCUGUUACUAUGAUACAGAGAAGCGGUACGGGGUCUGUGAGAACUGUACAGACAACACAGAGGGGGACAAAUGUGACCAGUGCAGGCCUUUUCACUACCUCAGUAUGGAGAGAACACAGGAGAGGGACACACUGGGAGGCGUGUGCAGAGAUAUGCAGUAA